AUGGCUAGGCGUUCUUCACACCCUGCAGUGCACUCGCCCUAUUUCCCGGCGCCGCCUUUUCGUCGUCGACGCAAAAAGUCUCCCAAAAUUCUGUACACUUCUCCUUAUUUCUCGCCUGAACGUGUGCAAAGGUGUUCCGCUGGCAGCGGUACGCCUGCGGAAGGCCCCCACAACGAAUACCAGUCCCUUCUCGAACUCUCUGGGUUCAAGUACUACAGCCAGGACUUCCUUGCGGCCUUUCAGGAGCUGUACUUUGCAAAGCCCAUACUUAUCCAAGAUCAUGUUGCUCACGACCCGUGGAAAUUCUUGCGCGCUGUCAUGUUACUCAACAGGCCAAGGGGUGCGAAGACUGUCCCGGUGUUCUUCAAUCUCAUGAAACCACAGGAUUUCGCCGUAGCACCGCAGGAUGCAGUGGAGGAAAUUAUCAGGACCCUCGGACUGAGUAAUAUGCCCGACCUCCUGCGCAAAUGGAGGUGCAAGACAAACGUGUACAGCUCCAUAGUUGCCGACAGUGUCCAGAAUGUGGUCGCUGAAGAGACAGGUUAUAAGCGGACACCUGCGUCACACCUUCCUGGAUGCGGUCCAUACGCGCUCGACUCAUGGCGCAUCUUCUGUGCCGGCAACGAGGAAUGGAUGUCUGUGCUGCCGAAGGACAAGGAGUUGAAGAAGUUUCUUUGCUGGAAAUGGGCAUACGAGGAGUUUCACCAGUGGGAUCCUGAACUCGGCCUCGGCAAUGUGAUCACACUGGAUUAUGUUCGGGAUCCGACAGUGCUGUUGCCGAGUGAGUAG